AUGGCCGAAGUCUCGUUCAUCCCGUCCCCAAAGACGUCGAGGGCCGCAUCUGCAGAGUAUAGCCCGACGUUUCUAGAUGGCGCUGCUCGUUCCCUUUACCAUGCUGUCCAGCAGCCCAACGCCGACGCAGACACGAUGCGUGGGAUUGCGGAUACAUCGCUGAGCAGCAGCAGGGCGACCGGCCAAGACCAGAUUGAGCCCCAAAAUGCAGGGAGGGCGUGGCGAUAA